GCUCAAAGAGGAAGUGAGAAAGCGGAAGAAGGAGGACGCUGAACAAACUUGACAACUUCUAGCUAAGAGGCUAGAAAACAGCUUUUAGAUGUUAUUGGUUUCCUCUCCAUUAAUCAUCGGUUCUUUCAGUCACCGCUGAGGGACUUUAGCAGCUUUUCAAACAGCCGCCGCUCAGGGAACCAAGAACCGGGGCUUGGGGGGACAGGAGGCCUGCAGCUGCCGGGGAGAGGAGCGCUGUUAGCGGGGAAGGAGUCGCUGAAGCACCGCUCAGCAACAUGUCGGCUCAGGCGCAGAUGCGGGCGAUGCUGGACCAGCUGAUGGGGACGGCCAGAGACGGAGACACCAUGAGGCAGAGGAUCAAGUUUUCAGAUGAUCGGGUCUGUAAAAGCCACCUGUUAGAUUCAUGUCCUCAUGACAUCCUGUCAGGCACCAGAAUGGAUCUGGGAGAAUGCGCUAAGGUUCAUGACUUGGCUCUGCGGGCGGAUUACGAGAUCGCCUCCAAGGAGAACGAAUACUUCUUUGAGCUCGAUGCCGCAGAGCACCUGCAGUCUUUCAUCGCAGACUGCGAUCGCAGAACAGAGUUGGCCAAAAAGAGACUGGCUGAGACUCAGGAUGAGAUCAGCGCUGAGGUGGCGGCUAAGGCUGAGCGAGUCCAUGAGUUAAAUGAAGAGAUCGGGAAACUGCUGGCAAAGGCCGAGCAGCUGGGCGGCGAAGGGAACGUGGAAGAAGCCCAGCAGGUGUUGGAGAAGGUGGAGAAAACCCGGGCCUUAAAGAAAGAGGCAGAGGACGUUUACCGGAACUCCAUGCCAGCCUCCAGCUUCCAGCAGCAGAAGCUCCGGGUGUGUGAGGUGUGUUCAGCCUACCUGGGGCUCCACGAUAACGACCGGCGCCUGGCCGACCACUUCGGGGGGAAACUUCACCUCGGCUUCAUUGAAAUCCGGGAGAAGCUUGACAAGCUGAGGAAAGCUGUGGUAGAAAAACAAGAACAGAUCCGCCUUAGAAGACGAGAGGACCGGGAAAGAGAGGACGAACGAGAGAGACAGUGGGAGAUGGAGAAGGAGAAGGAGAAACGGGAAUGGGAGAGCAAACGGGAGAGAGAGCGGAGAAGGUCCAGAUCCAGGAGCGGAGAACGCCACAGCAGGGAUGGAGGCAGUUCAUCGUCGCAUCGCUCCAGACGGCGCCGCUCCUCUCGUCCCAGAGAAGACGGAUCUGAGCGGGACAGGGAGCGAGACAGGAAGCACCGCCACAGGGACAGACGCCGCUCACGCUCCCACUCCCACAGACACAAGAAGAAGAGGUCUUCCAGAGACAGAUCGUCCCAUCCAGGCGACAGAGAGACGUCUCCGUCCCAGGAGAGAUGGCGGGAGCGUGCAGGGGAGGGAUGGCGCAGCGACAGGGUGGAGGCUGCAGCAGACUGGGAGGACAGGGAGCGCUCCGCUUCCCCAGACGUCUCCAGAGGACGGGAGAGAUCCCUUUCCUACGAGCGAGACCGCCGCUCCAGCUCAGAGGAGCGAGAGUCUGGAGAAAUCUGAACACUUUCCUUUUUAGAUGCGCAUGCAGCUGGCAGUGCAUCAGAUGCCGCUAUGCAUGUUCAGAGUGGACGGAGUGGACGGCGUGGGACGUGUUCAGAGUGGACGGCGUGGACGGCGUGGGACGUGUUCAGAGUGGACGGAGUGGGACGUGGACGGAGUGGGACGUGUACAGUCACUGACCUCCCAGCAGUUGCUCACAGGGGGACAAUGUUUUCAUUUUCUGCUUUGUUUACGGACUCUGGAUGUUUUCUAGUUUUUCUUUCCUCUCAUUGAUUCUACAGGUGAGCUGCGGACGGCGGCCAUGUUUGUCCAGCUCUGUUUUAAUUUGCUGCCUUCUAACCGAUGGUGUCCUGGUUUAGACCCUGAAGCGACGCCCCGACAUUCCCUGCGUCUCUAAAGAGCUCAUCCUAAUAUUUUCCAUCAGUCCCCAGAUUGACGCUCGGUGCAUCUUUUCACUCUAACUCUGAUGCUGUGAUGUAGGACAGACUUUUAAGGAGGGGGGGGGGGUCCACAUUGCCAGAACUCCACCAGUUAAUAAAAUGUUCUGAUUUG